AUGGCCGCCGAACCCGACAUCGUUUUGUACGACUUGGCCUGCACCAAGAAUGUCUGCUUCUCACCUGUUGUCUGGCGUAUUCGCCUUAUGCUCAAUUAUAAGAGCAUUCCUUACAAAACUAUCUUCCUCGAGUUUCCGGACAUUGAGCCCACGCUAAAGGGACUUGGCCUGGUCCUGGGGGAAUCCGCAUCCAAAUACACCGUCCCCGCAAUCCACCAUGUGCCAACUAAUACAUACAUGAUGGACUCUCUCCCGAUCGCGGAGUUCCUGGAGUCGACCUACCCAAACCCGCCCGUGCCACUAACUUCAGAACUCGGUCUCGAGAUCGAGACCAAGGCACGCAGUGUACUCGGCAAGGCCAUCUACUCGUCAGUGAUGCCCCGCGAGAUCCGCAUCUUGUCCCCGCGCUCGCAGGAGUUCUUCCGGCGCACACGCGAAGCCUCCCUUGGCCACCGUCUUGAGGAUCUGCUUGACGGGGACAGGGAGGAGCGGGUCUGGGACGGUGUUAGUGACGCUAUGGGCGCUGUUGGCCAGCUGCUUCGGACGCACAAGGCGGACGGACCGUUUGUGCUUGGUGCCCUGCCAAGCUACACCGACUUCUUCGUUGCUGGAUCCCUUCAGUGUAUCAGGGUGAUUGAUGAGGGGGUGUUUCAGAGGAUGAUCAAGUACCCUGGCUAUGGUGGGGUUUAUGAAGCUUGUCUGCCUUACAUGGAGAAGAGAGAUUGA